AUGUGGAGCUCUUCGAGACCUCGAACGGGAAUCAGGGUGGACGGACAACCAAUUGAACUCAUCGAUGAGUUCUGUCACGUGGGCUGUAUGCUGAAGAACAACGGCAAAUACGAAAAAGAUAUUCAACAAAGAUGCGCUAAGGCUAUUUCUAUGUUCAACUUCUUAACAAAAUGUCCGUGGUCUACCCCCAUCACCAACGAAGUCAAGCUGCGAGUCUACCUAUCUGCAAUUCGCCCAAUCAUGACGUACGGAUCGGAGACUUAG